GGGCGGGAGAAAGGCGCGUCUGUGGCCUAGGGUGUCGCCGCGGUGGCUCCCAUUCGAAGGCGACGGCGGUCGUCUAUAUUUCGGUUGUAAUCUCUCCAGAAAAAAAGGCGAAAUAACUCCGACUAGACAGUGAAUUUAACAGACUUCAGCGCUGAGAUAUUGUUCAAGUUCUUCCUUGUCCAGCUUGUGGCCGGGCUCUGGGAUGACGGGGUGUGCCGAUAAUUUGAAUUAGCUCGCCGUUAGUUUGAAGAAAGAGUGAGUCGGGGUAGAGAGAGAGAGAGAGAGAGAGGAGCCAUUUUGUCCCGACUGUGUGGGAGAAAAGAAAGAGUGGAAAAGAGGAAUCACACGGGAGGAGAUCCUAUUUUUGCUUUCUGUUCUCAUGCUGUAAGGGGGGGGGGGACAGUCGGACUUGGGGAAUCUAACUUCUCGGACACGUCCACGUUAUCCUGGAGGUAUUUAGCCAACUAGCUUGCCGAGCUAAUCAACACAUCCCAGAUUGUUAACUGUUUCACAGUCAAGAGGAGCGGGGCAGCUGGUGAGGUUGGCAAAGGAGCUGGCUUUACACUCGACACAGGCGUGCUAGGGUUAUCCGGGGUUGUGUUUCUUUUGUAACUUGCCUGGGUCAACACAAGCUGUUCUUCAAUGGCGAAGAAGACGUACGACUUGCUGUUCAAGCUGCUCCUGAUCGGUGACUCGGGCGUGGGGAAGACCUGUGUGCUGUUCCGCUUCUCUGACGACGCCUUCAACACAACCUUCAUCUCCACCAUAGGAAUAGACUUCAAGAUCAAAACUGUUGAAUUACAAGGAAAGAAGAUCAAACUACAGAUCUGGGACACAGCGGGCCAGGAACGGUUCCACACCAUCACCACCUCCUACUACAGAGGAGCCAUGGGCAUCAUGCUGGUCUACGACAUCACCAAUGCCAAGAGCUUCGAAAACAUCAGCAAAUGGCUGCGCAACAUUGACGAGCAUGCAAAUGAGGACGUUGAGAGGAUGCUGCUAGGCAACAAGUGUGACAUGGAGGACAAGAGGGUCGUACCCAAAGCCAAGGGGGAGCAGAUCGCGAGGGAGCACGGCAUUAGGUUUUUUGAGACGAGUGCUAAGGCCAACAUCAACAUCGAGAAGGGUUUCCUCACGUUAGCAGAAGACAUCCUCAGAAAGACACCUGUAAAAGAGCCCAACAGUGAAAACGUCGACAUCAGCAGCGGAGGUGGAGUCACAGGCUGGAAGAGCAAGUGCUGCAGUUGAACAACUCCUCAGUUUCACUCAUACUAAUGCACCCACGCACACACACACGCACACACACACACACACACACACAUCAACUCACACAUAUACACAGACACACACACACAAACAUGUUCUCUCUCUCUCUAACUGCUAACUAACUCUCUCGCUCUCUAAUAUGUCUCAUGCGUUUUCUUGCACACUGACACUCUCUCUCUCUUUUCAGAAUAAAACAAUAAACUACGUCACUUGUCUAAUCCCCCUCCUCCACCAUAUUCUUCCACUUUACAUCUGACGGUCAUUUUUAUUUCUGAUAAGAGAAAAUCCAGUCACGUUUCUUGUCCUUUUUAUUUUAAACGUUGUAAAAAAAAUAAUUAAAAAGUAAAAAAAAAAAAGCGUGAAAAGACAAGCUCAUAUUUUUAAUAUUUCCUUUGCCUGAGCUCACCUGGUUGGACACCCUCACCCACCCCUUAACCACACCCCCACUCAGAGCACUCUCCUUCAGAGGAAAUCAAAAGGAAAAGAAGAAAAAAAAGGACAAAUGUAGGAUUAACAUUUUGUACACUUAGUGGGGUUUCUGUUGUCUAACAGUAUUUGGUCAUUUACAAUUUGUUACCAAGUGACAGGUGUGGCUAGCUCCUUUUGUAUGUGGGGGUUUAAUUUGUCCUGUGCCUUAUAUGGAAGACAGGGGCGGGGCUGUGUGGUGGGCGGAGCCACAUCCACCCAAUGAAAUUACUGUUUUAAUAUUCUGUCAGUUUGGGCUCUUGUCAUGAGGAUGACAAAACUGAAGCAGACGUUUGAAUUUCUCCUCCAGCCAAGAGAACGGCAUUAUACAGUUUGUCCUGUUUAUUGAUGUUUUAUUUGUAUCUGUAUGAUUUAUUUGACUUUCUUUUUUUUUUUCCUAUUUGGGUUGAUUUUUAUUUUUUUCCCUGCAUGCAGAUUUCUUUGGGUUGGAAGCGUUCUGUAACAUUGUGUAACGUUCUCCACUGGCUAACUGUGGGCGGGAGGUACAGGAGUUCUCUUUGGAAAUUCAAACAGUUUUGCAGAUCCAUUAAAAAAUAAGCUUGUUUAAGUUAA